AAAAAAAAAAAAAAGAAAAACCGGCUUUCCUAUCUAGUAGUGUUUUUCUUUUGGUGGUGAUUGGUUAAAUAAUCUGGUGCCGAAAAUUUACCUUCUUCCUAGACUUUGUUGUCAAUGACAUACCGCGAGAAUAAGACCGGUCAUCGGCAAUUCGAUGUUCUCGCAUGUCGUCGUUCGGCAAAGUGAAAUACAGAGUUUUCCUCGUCGUUUAUUUGCCUUUUCCUACAAACCUACAGCUGAUUCGUUUCAAAGAAACCGUCGACAUCGUCGCACCGGAGAUGAAAAUUGAAACGUCCCAGGAUUUGACAUAAAGGAUAGAUGUCCUAUAAAAAGAAUGCUGUUUAUUGAAAAUAUGGAAAAUCUUCUGCCGUAGUGGCAGGUGUGUGAUGUUAGUCACGCAGACUCCCUCCUCGAUGGACAAUCCACCGAAUAUGUUGUCGUCGGUUCUCGAGGGGGAGGCGCAGAACGACGUGGAUGACAUUUUCCCACCGCAUGUCGACACUACGAAUAUCGUAAUACAACCAGAAUCGCCAACGAGUAAGAAGCAACCAUUGAAAACCUUCAAAGAGAUCAAUGCACUUUUACAAGCAUCCAAGAAGAGGGAAGUAAAGUUAAUUAUAAGGGAGAACGCUUGGCCCUUAAACAACGGUAUUAGGGCACAACUUUGGCCAGCUCUUUGCAAUCAGUAUGCUCAUGGAAAAAAUAUGCUGGAUGGAUUUUACUGGGAUAUGGUGAAUCAAGUCUUUGGAACUACAGAGUUACCUGAAAAGUCAAUCAUGUUACCGCCAUUCGUCGAUAGCACGCAUUGUCUAUCGUAUAAUUUAACGAGAAAAGGUAGAAGCGUUGCUGACCGAGUUGUUUCUGUUCUGGGAUAUGCUUGUCCUGAUAUUACUUAUAGUCCAUCGUUAUAUCCUAUUACUGCUCUUCUAUUACACUUUAUGCCAGAAGAAGAAUGUUAUCACUGUAUGGCCAGUUUAGUAGCUGUCAAAGAAAAAAUGUUUAUUACGCAAACUAAGCUUCUCUACGAAGUUACAUGGAAAACUGUAGAGCAAAUAACUAAAAAACACGUUAAAUCAGCAGCAGUACAUUUAGCGAGGCAUUGUUCUGGCCAAAGGGCAGAAAGAAUUUAUAUGGAUUGGAUUUGGUGGAUUCUUCAACUUCUUCCAUUUCAACAUCUUGUUAGAGUAAUAGACUGUUUCUUACACGAAGGCAUUAAGGUAUUCUAUCGAGUAGCUAUGGCAAUUGUCCUAUUAUUUUACAAACAUUCGUCGUCACAAAAUUCGGAAUGGAUGCUUGAAAUAACUAACAAAGGCGUCGAUGCUGCUCUUUCCAAAUUUUGCAUACAAAUACCAGUAACGCCGGCUAAAUUCUUACGAACUGCAUUUGGAAUUCGUGGACUUAGUUCGGCAUACAUAUCACGAGUGUUCUUGCGUACAGAAAUGGCUUUGAAAAGUAGAAACUUAUUAACAGGCUCGAAGACAUUAACGAGAUCACGUUCUACGGAUAACCUGCCUACAAGUCAAUCUCAAGUCAACAUCCAAAUGAUGUCUCAUACAUUGACAAUAAGAGAAAAAGAGUGCGAAGACACGUACAAAGACAGGGGUGCUCACAGUCCUGGACCUAGAGCUCUCUCAAUGGGUGUUUAUCCCAUACAAAACAUAUGCUCCCAGAUUCUUGACAUGCCUGAUUUAUUCACCUUAUGGUCAUGGCUACCUAUGAGGAUAACUAUGUACCAACCAAUUUUGCUGUAUACAACCGAAGAACAUGGAUGUUCUUUGACGACAUUUUAUGUACGCGUUGAACAACACGAACCAACUCUUUUAAUGAUAAAGACAUGUAAUAACGAGGUUUUUGGAGCAUAUUGCUCGACAAGAUGGUGUGAACGUAAUUUAAAGGAUGAUAAAGGUCAAAGACAAGCAUAUUUUGGUACAGGAGAAACAUUCCUGUUUAGUUUGUAUCCAGAAAGAGCAAAAUAUCCAUGGGUAGGCAUGGAUUCUUCUCACAAUGAUACUAGAGUACAUCAUUCGGCUGAAUUAUUUAUGGCAGCUGAUUCGAAAAUGAUAACAAUUGGUGGAGGGGAAGGUCAAGCUAUUUGGAUGGAUGAAAACAUAAGAUUUGGUAAAACCGAUAGGUGCUCAACAUUUAAUAAUCCACCUUUAUGUGCUAGCGGUGAUUUCGAGAUCAGGGUACUCGAGGUAUAUGGUUUCGCCGGUGCUUAAAAACGAAAGAAACAAACAAAAAAC